AUGGGGAAAGAAGAAUUCAAUCCAUUUGGGAGACCUUACAAUUUUCUCGUGCCUCAGGAUCAAACUCCAAACCAACCUAUGCACCCACAUUGGUCUACAACUAUGCAUGCUUAUUACAAUCCCGGGUCUGCGCCAAAUCCCUAUUAUAAUCCACUUGCAGCUGGUCCUUACUUGUAUCAGCAGUACAUGUGGCAAAAUCAGGCGCAGGCAAACAAUGCACUACUUCAUUGUGAUGCUCUAAAUGAUCCCACAAGGCUCUCCAAUAAACCUAAGGAUGCUACUCUGGCCUUUUCCGAAAUGGCACGCAGGAGGAAUAUUGGCGAAGGAAACUCAGACUUCAACAAAUUAUUUAUCGGAAACUCACAACCAUUAAGUUUAAUAACUGGGAAUUCGAGAGAAUAUGGAAACCCAUCUUCAUUGCCAAAGAGUGACAGGGAUGGAACCUUAAUGAGUGUGCCAAGUGGAAGCAAGAGAUUUCCAGGUGAAGAACAAGAGGGCAUUAACAAUGUUGUUUUUCCUUUAAGUAUGACACUGAAACCUAACAUGAUUAUUGGGGAUGGAAAUCCAUCUGGGCUGACUCAGAAUUUGGAGACAUUCGUCAAGGAAUCUCGUGCUGAUGAUGAUGCUGAUACGCAACUAAAAAAUAUGGAAGGUGAUGAUGAUAUAAGAAAAGAAAGGAAAAGACAGUCAAACAGGGAAUCAGCUAAGAGAUCAAGGAUGCGAAAACAGCAAGAAUGUGAAGAGCUAUGUAAAAAGAUAGACACUCUGAAGGAUGAAAAUUCCGCCCUAACACAAAGGCUCGUUACACUUUCUGAGGAAUGUAUGGAGCUCACCACUGAAAACAAUUCCAUCGAGGAAGAGCUAAUUAAGAUGUAUGGAGCAGACUCAAUUGCAGAUCUUUUGCUCAUGAAGCCUGUUUGA